AUGCUGAAUCAAGAGUCACAACAGGAAGAAAAUGGAAAUACUUCACAGAAACAGCAGCAACAACAGCAACAACUACCAGGACCGUACUACGUACAACAGUACACGAGUGGGUACUAUCAAACACAACCAUUACCUGAACCUCCUCAGUACCCAGAUCAGCAAUACCGGCCACAACAUCAUCAACAACAGUUGCCUCUACCACAUCAAUUAAAUACCCGAAAUGGCCACCAAGGACAACAACCGCCGCCACCACCACCACCACCGCUGAUGCAUCAGGGAGGAGGGAUACAGCUGUAUUACACACCAGUAUAUCAACAAAUACCAGAAUUUGUACAAUAUCCACCCUCUCAGUCACAGCAGAACCAACCACCUGUUCAUUACCAAUAUCAAUCUUCACCACCACCACAACUACAGACACAUCCACAUCCACAGAUACAGCCGCAGCCUCAGCCGCAACCUCAGCCACAUCCACAGAUACAGCCGCAACCUCAGCCUCAACCUCAGCCACAGCCAGCACCGCUGCAGUCUCCGCAGAAUUUUGGACCUAUGGCAACUCAAUAUAGGUCGGUUCGCUUUCAAGGGGCAAUCAACUCUACUCCUCAAAGCCAGUUUCACUCGCAACUGCCCAUAGUGAAAAAAGAAGUCGGCGAAGAGGGUCAAAAUUCUACCGCGCCAACAAUACCUCCUCCUACAGAUUCAGUGUCGUCUCCUUCGCAAAGCUCAACGAGGCUGAAACGUCGAAGUCCAACGCCAGAAAAGUCCCAAGCAGAGGAAAGAAGUUCCAAAAGACGAGCUCAACCACCGAAUAAAUCUCUAUCAAGAACCUCUGUCACCUAUCCAAGGAAAAGAGCAGUUACUGCAUGUGAUACAUGUCGAUUAAAGAAAACCAAGUGUGACAAUGUACGGCCUCAAUGUGGGUCUUGUGCUCGUAAUGGGAAUACAAACUGUUCAUAUAGUACCGACGACCAACUUAAUGACUACUCGAGCUAUGAUCCGGCCUCAUUGAAUAUUUUGACAAAGUUGGAUGUUAUAUUGAAAGACUUGAAUCAAAUUAAAAGCGACGGAUAUGGGCGUGAUAGCAACGACAUAGAAAAUAAACCUAAAGAAGUUGAUAAUAAGGGAUUAGAAUCUACAAGCAAAACUGGGAAGGGUCAUGAAUAUGAAAACUGUGUCUGGGACAUGUCAGUCACUGAGAUUAUCAACUGGGAUAUGUUGAAGCAAGACUUGCAUGUGACUCAGGAAGAAGUUGAUAGAACCAGACAAAAGCUACUAAACUUUUACGACAGAAAUAAUUUCUUAAUUCAUGCAAAAGGCGACACAACCCUCUCAUUUGAAGAGAAGAUUAAUGAUUUCAAGAUCGUCGAGCAGUUGUUGAUGAGCAAUUUCACCAACAUCAUCAACUCAUUUUUUGUCAAUAUGUAUACAAAAUUACCCAUAUUGGAUGUGUGUGAAUUCUUUACUGUGUUGGAGCUGUAUCAGUUUCUACUUUCCAAGAUUCCACAACUUACAUUUAUGAAGUUAAUAGACAUGUUUGAAACAGAAAAACUACCGCAACACAUUGUGCAAGUGUACCAAGAACUGAAGAUCGAGUUAAAUGAUCGGGAAAUUAAGAGGCUAAACCAUUUGGUGCAAUACAUUCCGUUGGUUUUGAUUAUCUCUGCUCUUGGAGUUUCGGCCAUUCCAGUUGAUUUGAAUAAUUUGACUACGUUUGAAAGUUCGGUAAAGGAAUCAGCAUCCACCAAAAUUGGUUGCUUAAGUGGCUCACAUUGGUUUGAUGGAAUUCCACUUACAUUUACUUCAAAUAGGACCCACAUUGCCUACAAGUUGAGCUCUUACUCACAGUUCAUUAUUCAAAUGGCUCCAUUUGUUAUGAAGGAAAAUACAAUACACUCAACACAGUAUUAUUUAUUAACGAGUCAGUUGCAUUUGCAAAACAGCAACCCACUACUAGCUCAUAAAUUUAUCGUCAACGCUAGUAGAAAUAUCAUGUAUUAUUUACAGAAGACAAGGAGUGGCAGCAGCAAUGCGAAUGAUGACCAAAAGGAAGUACUCGAUCGGUUAUUUUGGACUUGUUUAAAGCUAGAAUGCGAGUUGAAUGUUGAGUUGUCUCCAUUCGUUUCACAUUCAGGAAUAAAUCGUUUCCCUCCACCAACUUUAUUUCCCAGAGUUCCUGAUCCAUUGACUGAUGAAUUCAGAAGUAAGUACAGUGAAUCAGUAUUGAAACUAACUCAAAAGUACGAUGACCAGUACACGUGGUAUUAUUUCUUGACAGAAAUAGCCGUUCGAAAAGUCGAGAACAAGAUGCUUGAUGAUUUUUAUUCACUCGAGUCCUCCUUGAAUCAUAUUUGGGACCUGGAAAAAUUUGCCACUGAAACAGUGUGGACCGAUUUCAUCAGAUAUUUGAAUCAGUAUAAUGGAAUCAUUAACUCUUUGAAUCCGGAGAUUAGAUAUUUUGUACUACAGGAAAUUGAUGUCGAUUAUAUUUAUAAGCGGAUAAAGAAAAAGUACGAUAAGAAGCAAAGCAAAAAAUCAAAUGGGGUUGACGAUAAAAAUCACUACCCACGAGAUGCAUCAGCUGAAUUAGAUAAUGACAUAUUCGACAGCUUGGAUGAUUUUCUAAUUGACGAUGAUUUAUUACUUCGCGCACAGUCCGAAUCAAUAAUGUACAUAAAAACGAGAGUUUUGGCCUCGAAAUUGCUUUUAUUCCGUCCGUUGGUGUAUUUAAUUUUGGAAGAUAAAAUCCCGUUACUAGACUUGGUUAAUGCUGCUUCUUCCGUGAUUAGUAGCGCCAUGCCACAGUCUACUGUGCUUGAUAAUGAAAUUGGCUUUGAUACACCAUUUUCCUCAGAUUCAAAUACAAUUACUACUUCCAAUGACUUUUCAAGUGCUAUUGAGAUUGAUUUGGAUUUUUUCAACUUGAGUAAUGCACCGCCAUUCUAUCAACAGCAGCACCCCGAUGAAGAUUUCUCCAACUUGGUUGAGCAUGGUAAGCAAGAUUUGAAUGAUUCUCCACCGACAGAUAACCUUGAUGAGGCUUUUAAAAUUAAGGACAUGCCUACAGCUAGAGCUAAAAUAUUGCGCAUAUUUUUCCAAAAUCUAAUUUCAAUACCGAAAUUAAACAUACUUCGAUUAGCGUGCCAUCGGCAUCCGGGAAGUUGGUACUAUAUACGCAACUUGUUCAUUGGGAGUGUUAUGCAAUAUCUCAUGUUUAAGAAAAUUCAGCAGAUGAUUGUUGGUGCAAGUUCAAAUAAGGAGUUGCAGACAUUGUUGAUGCAAUCAAUGGGAGGAAACGGGGAUGGAGAAGCAUUGGGUAAACCUGGGCCAAUUAAAUCAUUUAAAGACGUGGUGGAAAUGAUCUCAAGUGUGGUCGGGAAGGAAAGUAUUGUUGCUAAUUUGGAACACCUGAAGAUUGUGUUUGAGUAUUGGAAGAAUGAAAUGACCGAUUGUGUUAUAUACCAAGAGCUUAUUACGAAAAUGUUAGCAGGAUUAUAA